AGCUAUGGUGGCUGGGUAUCGAGUCAGACUCCAUCAUCUCAUUCUGAAAUGAAAGUUCGUGUGACUUUUACAGGCAUCCUCCUUAUCCUCGUGUUUUGUUGUAUUUCUGGGACAGCAGGCGUGUACACAGGUAACGUUGCUUGUUAGUAUAGGUAAUCAUGCGAUGGCGAGUACAAUUAGGGAUUAAUAGUACAAGUGAUGUUUCGAAAUUUUGCCAGCACGAAAGGCUUAGAAAGUUAUUGAUAACCUAAAUUUGUACCCUUAUGAUGUAAUAUAUAGUAAACGAGAAAGCAUUUAUUACCAGCGGCAGCGUAUAAACAAUCGAAAUUUUUUCACAUACUUUGAAGUCUUUGUACUUUGUACCGGUAAUAAACUUCUCAAACGAGUAUAGGAAUUAUAGGUAAUCGCAUAGGGCUGAGUAAAAUUAAGGUUUAAUUUCACGCGUGUUUUCGAAAUUUCACAAUUUGUGAAACUUUCAAAGCACAAGUGAAAUUAAACCUUUAUUUUACGAGGAACUAUGCGAUUACUUGUUAAUCGUGGAGGGCAAAAUUUAUUCGCUUAGGACAUUGUGAACUUGUGAAGUUCUUGAACCUCAUAUGUCUCCAUAUCUUCGUCGAUGUUCCUUAAUGCUGCCAAUUUCUUAAAUAAUUUGUACUUUUUCUAGUGCUCGAGUUUAUACUAGAAGUUUUUAAUUCUUCAAUAACAUCAUCCGCAACGACAAAGCGUGAAACUAUUGUUUUUAUUGCUAUUUACACUAGAAAAGAAGAAACUAGUUCCCGCGCUUGCGUACCAGCCAAUCAGGUACAAGUGAUUUUGUCCUGAAUUAAGAAAAAUGCCCUCAUCCUUAGCCAAUCAUAUUUGAGUAAUUUUGCCGUAUGAUUAGAAGAUAAAUACAAGGCAAUAAUGGACCAUUCCCCAAUUAACCAAAAUUUUGAUCUCAAACAAGUUUAGACAAAAUUCCAUCAUAGCAUGAAAGAGCAUCACAAAAUUAGUAAUAUUCCAAUGUUUCGUUGCGAAAUGUUGUAAAAUGCGGAUAAUAUAGCCUUGCGAAAUUUACAAUUUUCAGUCAUUUUAGAUUACAAAUGGGAAAUGGUUACCACUUUUCCAAAAUUUUGAUCUUAACUAGCCUAAACAAAAAUUUCAUCACAGCUUGAAAGAGCAUCACAAAAUUAGUAAUAUUCCAAAGUUUUGUUGCAAAAUGUUGUAAAAUGCGGAAUUAUAUAGCCUUGCGACGUGUGUAAUUUCCAGUCAUUUUGUAUUACGCACAGAAGUGGUAACCAUUUCCCGUUUGUAAUCUAAAAUGACUGAAAAUUGCAAACUUCGCAAGGCUAUAUUAUCCACAUUUUACAACAUUUUGCAACGAAACUUUGGAAUAUUACUAAUUUUGUGAUGCUCUUUCAAGCUGUGAUGAAAUGUUUGUCUGGACUUGUUGAGUUCAAAAUUUUGGUUAAUUGGGGAAUGGUCCAUUGGGUUAAUUUAUGGGCGUUCAAGACAGCGUGGUAUCAAGACAACGACACGGUGCUGGUUUCAUUUGUAUUUUUCAUGAAUUAUUAAUGAUUUGAGAAGUAAUAAUUGAACACUUUCAUCCGUACUUGACUGUUAUACUUGAGUUGGUGCAAAUGUAAGACUCAAGGUGUGCUUAUAGUUUUUAAGAUCGAGUACAUAUAAGGUACAUUAAAAGAUCUGUUACUUGAUAAUUGUAUUUAAAAGUAAUUUUGCGGAUUCAAUCUUUUCUUUCUAGAAUACAUUCUUAAAAAACAAGCGAAGGUAAACAUCUUUAUACAUUUAUAUUAACCAAAUUCCCAGUUCCAGUGUAUAUUCCUUAGGGACCGGUCAUUAUUUAUGGCGGGGGGUGGCACCGAAGAGAAAAUGGUUGGGUAAACAAAAUUUUGAGUAAGUAGAAGGUUGGGUAAAUGAAAAACAAAACAACUCAAGGGUUGGGUAAUAAAAAGUUAUAGCCAUAUGUCAAUAAAAUAUGUGAAUCAAUCAUAGUCAUUGUCUUGAUCAUUUUCCGAUUUGUUAGGAGACAAGUGGUAUCUCCAAAGAAAGUACAUGACUGUGCAGACAACAUGAAAUUUUAAACUGCAGAAAAUUUCACAAUCCGUUAUCAAACUCAUGUCACAGAAAUGGUAAAGGAUAUAUGUGACAACUGAAUGGUAACCUUUUGUAAAGUUUUUGGCCAGGGGUGGGUAUUUAUUUUUUAUUUGAUAUUUGAGGUUGGGUAAUCAAAUUUUUGACUUUUUAAUGGUUGGGUCAGCAAAAUAUUUGCCACGAAAAACAUUUCUCUUCGGUGCCACCCCCCGCCAUAAAUAAUGACCGGUCCCUUAUUCAUUUUUUUGCGGCUUUACGUAGUACAUCUCUUCUUCUAUAUAGUUGCCAUUUGCAGUUCAGAGCAUCAUGCUGUAUGUCUUCGGUGUUGGAAUGAACUUCUUUGCAUUUUUUACAUCACAACUUUUCAAAACUUCUGAUGAAAAAUUUGGUAAGAUAAAUGCACCAUAUAGUUGUAAAUUAACGCAUUAAGAUCAGGGGCCAGUUGUUCAAAGCUGCAUGGAUUAGCACAGAAGGUUUAAAUUUAACCAGCUGUUUUGGUUUGUGUAUUUCUGCACGUCUGACUAGAAUUUUUUCAGGGAUUUUUUAGGGCCGUAAAACGGCUCCAAAAACUCAAUCUUGAAUUGAGUUUUGGAACUCAAUCCUCUCACCAAAGUUUCAGUGCAGUAAAAAUGAAGUUGUUUGAGUUAAAUUCGUGACAUGUGGAAAUUAGUUUUCAAAUGGAAACCCGACAAUUAAGAAAAAAUGGCUGGAAUUCAUCUCACAACACAAGAAAAACUGUGCAUUCGCCAUCCUUAACUAGUUUAUAGUGCCCCUGCUUUAACACAUUCCGUCUCAACUACAUUUAUUGAGAACAAGUGUCAGCCCCCCGGUAGGGGGGGGGAUGCAGCCACCCCAGCUGUUCAGCUAAACUCAAUCUUCUGUGCAAAAACGGACCCAAGAGAAAAUCCUGAAAAAACCUUUCUUUGGAUUAAGCUAGCCGUCCUUUCAAGAACCUCGAUAUGGCAAGUUGUGUUGCCAUAACUUAAUUCUACACUAAAUUAUUUGCUUGUUUAUGGUAUUCUGUUUUUAAUUUUCUGUUAAUGAAUCAGCUGGAUCAUUACCGACAAGAUUGGUGACAUACAUUUGUUUGUUCAAAUAGAUUUUAAAGGUGGUGGAGAUCUAUUUGAAGGGUUUUCAAUAUGGACUGCAGUUAUCAUAGGUUCUCAGGUAUGUAUCAUUAUAUAUCAGGAUUAUAAACGUUGUUUACAUUUUUAUUCUAAAUUUUGCACAUCUGUUAUCGUGCUUGACAUAACAUGAUGUUAAAGAUUUUUCGUAUGUUCUGUCAAGCGAGAUGCCUAAAAUUUAGAAUAAUUUACAGCACUACAGUAACUGCAUUCCUGGGUAAAAGUCUUGGGACACCUUGGGACACCAACCUUUCCACCUCAUUGUUCUCCAUGCCACUCCCUCAUGAUCCAUUGUCUUUUCAUUGUUUUGAAAAUUCCAUUGUUCUCCUUGCUAUCCACUCUUGAUUCAAUGAUCGGAAUGAUCCAUUGUUUUUUCAUUGUUGUGAAAAUUCCAUUGUUCUCCAUGCCAUCCACUCAUGAUUCAGCGAUCGAAAUGUUCCAUUGUCUUUUCGUUGUUAUGAAAAUCUCAUUGUCCUCCAUGCCAACCACUCAUGAUUCAGCGAUCGAAAUGUUCUAUUGUCUUUUCAUUAUUUUGAAAACCCCAUUGUUCCCCAUGCCAUCCAGUCACGAUCAAGCGAUCGGAACGUUCUAUUGUCUUUUCAUUGUUUUGAAAAUCCCAUUGUUCUCCUUGCCAUCCACUCAUGAUUCAGUAAUCGAAGUGUUCUAUUGUCUUUUCAUUGUUUUGAAAACCACAUUGUUCUCCAUGCCAUCCAAUCAUGAUCCGGUGAUCGGAAUGUUCCAUUGUUUUUUCAUUGUUUUGGAAAUCCAAUUGUUCUCCAUGCCAUCCACUCAUGAUUCAGCGAUCGGAAUGUUCUAUUGUCUUUUCAUUGUUUUAAAAAUCCCACUAUUCUCCAUGCCAAUCCACUCACGAUUCAGUGAUCGAAAUGUUCCAUUGUCUUUUCAUUGUUCAUAGUCAUUUCUCGGUAUAAAUAACUUUACAAAUUUCAUUAAUAAUUCACGAGGAAAAUACAAAAGAAAUUAAUGUUUAAUCAAUGUUUGUAAAUCAGAUAAAGAUUUGUCCUGAUUUACAUAAACUUCAGCUUUGAUUUUCCCGGCUUAGACAAUGUUUAUUUUUAAAAUUACUUCGCCAAUGAACUCAUAAGAUGCGUCACAUUCGCAUCCGAUCUGUAUCUGAUAUACAAACUCUCGCCUUCGGCUCGAGUUUGUAUAUCAGAUACAGAUCGGCUGCUCAUAUUUUAUCUAGUACAUACUGUAUGCUUUCAUAUAUUCUUUCUUCAGGCACUAAGUGGCAUUAUUAAUGGAGCAAUAAUGAAACAAGCAAGCAGUUUGACAAGACUGGUCAUGAUCGCAGGAGCUAUGCUAGUAAGCACGACUUUUUCCGUAAUUAUAUUUAGUCUUCAAUUUAAUGACUAUUUUAUAACUGCUUUUAUUUUAGUUAUUUUAGCCAUGGGUAUUUACCAUAGACCUGAACGAUAGUUUAAUAUGUAUAUCAUGGACAGUUUGAAUUUUUUCCGUUUUACUGACACCUCGUAUAGUUAAUUUUAAUAUAAAUUAUUUUAAUAGAAAAUCUAUACUAAAAACGUAGCCAUUUUUGUCACUUGUAAAUGUUUGGGUUUUUUUAUUAUUUUCUGCUAGAAAUGGCUGUAUCUUAUAGUCAAUCAAAUUU